UUGAGGUCACUGAUCAGCAUGACACAACAUACGAGCCUGCAGAGUCUGUCACCACUGUCACAGAGUCAUCACAACUUCAAUGUACAUCAACGCAGGAGGAUGCAAAAUACAUUGUAUUUGAAAACUGCCUCCUGCAACUCUUUGAUACCUGCCCAGUGUGCUCGAGGCGCUGUAAUGUUUGGCCACGAAGAAAAGGGACUUUUGUUGCAAUAGAUCAACUAUGUCCACACUGUCAAUACUUCCGUCAAUGGAAAAGCCAACCUGUUGUUGGGAGCACACCUUUGGGCAACCUCCAGUUAUCUGCUGCGAUAUAUUUCACCGGUGGAUCGUUCUUCCAAUUACAAAAGAUAUUCCAAACAAUGCGUGUCAGGAGCAUUACCCACAGAACCUUCCGGAAGCAUGCCAGUAUGUAUCUUGAACCAGCAAUAAUCUACACAUGGAAGAAGGAACAAGAAGAAGUGUUGCAGGAGCUAAGCCAGGGGGACAAAGUAAUUGUGGGUGGUGACAUGAGAGCAGACUCACCAGGCCAUUCAGCAAAGUACGGCAGCUACACUGUUAUGGACCUAAAGAACAAUAUCAUAUUGGAUAUGCAGCUGGUCCAAAGCAAUGAGGUUGGUGGUAGCUACCACAUGGAAAAGGAGGGGCUGAAAAGAAGUCUGGAAUUUCUGGAGGCACGUGGUGUGAAGAUUGACUGUAUUGUUACCGAUCGUCAUACACAGAUCCAGAAAUUCUUGAGGGACCGUAAAGUGACGCAGUUCUAUGACGUCUGGCACCUGGAAAAAGGUUUGUCAAAAAAGUUGGAAGUAAUCGCCAAAGACAAAGACUGUCAAGUGGUGAAAAAGUGGCAGCGGAGCAUAAGAAAUCAUGUCUAUUGGACAGCAGCUUCUUCCAAAACAGCUGAGGAGAGAGUAGCGAAAUGGUUGUCUAUGGUAAACCACAUUCAAGAUGUUCACGUCCAUGACACCCCAGCCUUCCCACGGUGUGAACAUGCAACACAUGUAUCAAAGGACCCCACCAAGUGGUUUCAACCAGGCACUCUACACCGUCGAGAAGCUUCUCACAAACAAGAGAAUGCUGAAAGAUGUUGA